AUGGUUGGCAUGGUGUGCCCUUACUCCACUCAUCCUCUUAUGAUCAGUAGUACUAUUUCUGCAUUGCCAUGGUGGUCAUCCUAUAAUGUCAGUGAAACAAUGCGGCAGUGGCUUUCGACUACUAUACAAGAACAUGCAAAAUGCAGAUUAGGCACCAGGUUUUGUGCCUUGAACCAUAAAUGCAUUUCUUCUGACGAGGCGUGCACCAUCCAUCUUACCAAUGACAUGUUAAAGAACAUGACCAACACACCCUGGUGUGCAACAUGUGAAUCUGGAAAAUACUUUUGCCCAUUAUUCAUGCAGUGCAUUAAUGAAAGUUUAAAGUGCUCAUAUGAGAACUUGUUUGAAUGGCAGAAAAAUAACAACUUUAGUGUGGGACCGUUUGGGAUGGAGUGUGGUGAAAAUGAGACUUUCUGUAUUCACAACAUGAGCUGCAUCCCAAACAACACUGAAUGUGUUUUGCCAGACAUAAAAUACACAGCUUCACGAAAGAAGGCUGAAAUUGCUUGUGAUGCAAUAAGUGGCCAAGUCUUCUGUCCCUACACGUCAUCCUGCAACAAUACAGCUGAUUGUAAACCUGCCCCAUUUGCAAACUACAGUGAGGCACUGGAAAAUGAUGCUUUGGGAGGUAUGAAUACCAGAUCGUGUCAGACUGUCCAACCUUCUUAGUAUGUAAAAUUGGGAUAUUUUGUAAUCACCAUCAAAUCGUGCCAGCGUUGAAGGUGUGGGCCGCAAGGGACAUGCUUCCGCCAGUAAAUGUUGAAAUCUUGUUGCUCUGAAAAUGCCAUUUUUGGAGUUCUGAAAGGUCAACUUCUUUCUAAAACGUUCACUAAAAUUGUCAUUUUUUAUGCUUUAAGUGCACUCUGUUAGGUGUUCUUAUAAAAAAAAGCAUUUGAGCAUUUGAGGCUGUGAGAGGACAUUUAGAGCAAAAUGAGCACCUUAAAAAUAAAAAAAAAAAGUAGUCAUGUUGAUUCUUCUUGUCUUAGAACAAGAAGUCUAUAGAGUCUGAGGGAGAACAGUUGAUUAGAGGAAAAUUUCAUGCAAUUUCGUUUUUCCAUUUUAGGGUGGGCCCAUCUAUGUCAGAUGAGGAACCUGGUUUGUCCUAAGGUAUCUCGUGCUGUUGUAAAAUGUGCAGAAGCCCGUGACAGAUUUGACUGCAAGUAUGUUAAAUAUUACUAUAAUUUUACUCAGCCGUUCUUUAACCUCUUGUUUGCUCAUUUGUUUCAAUUUUGAUAUCUCACUCUUACUUUUUUUGUAAUCAUCACUCUUACUUAAUGGAUAUAAUUUCCUGAAAAUUAGGGAUCACUCCUUUCUAUGCCAUCUCCUAUGAAACUGAUAGUUGUCUUGAGAGGAAUCUUAGGCUUGUAUGGGGUGUCCUCUUUGACAAUCACUUUGCAGCUCAAGAUUAAAAUGGUCUUUACUUAAAGCACCACUUGCACAGAUACACUUUAGCUGGGAUCUUUAGAGACUAGAAGACACUUCUCCUCAAAACAUAUCUGUUCACCUUGGCCAUGUACAUGCUUUUCUUUGUCUGUACAAGGAGCCACCUCCUUCGUAUACCUGCCAAGUGUCAUGCCUGCAGAUCAAAAAACUUUGAUCUCAUGCCUACUCGUGGCUGUGCAGGGUGCAAAGAAAAUCAUUUUUAUAGCUUGCCCUUCGGGCAAGCUGAAGCUAGCAUUUACUAGCCCAGACAUCAUUUGAACUAGCCCCAAAAGCUUUUUGACGAGCAGAAUUGAUUUCACAGUUCUUCCUUUAUUCGAAUUGCUCAAAAACAUCACUUGCCCAUCGGGCAAGUUAAAAACAGAAUUCGCUAGCCCGAUAACAAAAUCCAGUUGUGCCGGGCUAUUGGACACUACUUUCUUUGCAUACUGCUGUGUUUCAAUUUCUCAUGCCUGGUAGAAAAAUUGAGCCAUUACAGCAUCAACUGACACAUUUUGAAAAAUGUAUUUAGUAAUUAUUAUUUAAAGAAACUGGAACUGAGGAGAGAAAAGAAGAGUCCAUGUGUUGUCAAUGAUCGACUUUCUCUGAAUUCUCUUAUUUUAGUAGGGAAAGUCACAGGAUAAGAGGUCCUGUUACCUCAUGUUCCUGUGUUUGUGUUAGACGGAACUCUUCGGGAACGUCUUCAGACAUCUUUAGAUAUUAUUAGACCCCUAUAGUCAACUCCCUUUACAGCAUGCAGACACUGUAGGGUCCUUGAUUUAGUGUCCUCAUUAGUGAGAGUUUGUAAUAGCGGGAGUUUAUUUCAGAGUCAAACAACUGCAAUUUAUUUUUGCCUGGGAUUUUGCUGCUGCCUGUAUUAUCAGGAUGUCUGUUAUAGGGGGGUGUUUGCAAGGUGAGAGUUGAGUGUAAAGAGAUGACUGACUGUAUCUUCAAUAAUUGUGUAAGAUUCACACUGUCUACUAAAAUUAAUGUGAAAAAACUUAUUGAAUGGUCGUCUCAUUUUCAGUUUCUGUCCAGAGAGACAUACAUUUUGUAACUAUACUGGAAGGUGUCUACCACCUGGAGGAGAUUGUUGCCCAAGAGGUACACAUUUGUUAUUUAUCAUUGUUGUAAAUGUCUUCAUAUACUGUAUUUAUUUGAUUAAGCCAACCUCGAAUGAGCGCCCAUCCUAAAGGCAGAAAAAGGUACAUGUAAUAAGCGCCCAGCCUCGAAUAAGCACCCAGCCCCCCUCCCACCCCCCCAAAAUUGAUAAAGUUCUAAUGAGAGACUUCCCUGGAGACGGAGUUUUUUCAGAGUAUAUAGAAACCUUGCUUUGUUACAUCUCCACAUUUUGUUAUUACUAUUUAUGGUUUUGUUGCAAAAUAAACAUGUGCCCAACCUCAAAUAAGCUCCCAGGGUGGUUAGUCGAAUAAAUACAGUAUACAGGUACCACAUAUUGCAAGUUUGCAUUUUGAUGUCAUUAAAUUUCAUCAUAAAAGUUUAUCAGUCCUUUCACAUGUUAGUCUCAUCAUGUUUAAGAGCAACUGUCGGAACAUUUCAUAUUAGAUCAAGAGUAACUUAAGAUGGAUUGAACAGCUCUGCCUGAUUAACACUUCUUUGGUUGAGUACCAUCAAUGAUGACAAUAAAAGAUACUUUUUCCUUUGCUUCUACAAAUUUAAAAAUGAUUUGAAUGUGUUGUUCCCUAUUUUUUCGUAGCUAGCUACGAAAAAAUCACAGGAAAAAAUAACAGAUUCCCAUUUUUGGAUAUUUUAGGGUAUUUAAAGAAUACCCACAAAAAUCCCAAAUUUGGUAGAGUGAGAGAGGUCCCAAACAGGGAACUUGGUUGGGAAUUCCCUGGUUGGGACUUGUCUCACUUUGCCAAAUUUGGGAUUUUUGUGGGUAUUCUUUAAAUACCCUAAAAUAUCCAAUAUUGGGAAAUAUCUGUUAUAAUUGUGAAUAAGGAACAACUCAGUUUGGGUCAAUACAUGUUUUGAUUUCAUUGUUAUUAUUUGACAAAAAAACAUUAUAGUGCCAAAUCUGUGAUGUUAUGUCUUUCUCUGCACUGGCAAGUUUUAUUGUAGCACAUGCAUAUCACCAGUGUGUAAAGUUUUUGGUACCGACCCCAGACCUUCUCAAUUUUUUAAAAAAUUCUAUCAUCAUUUAAGCAAAGGAAGACAAAUGAAAUGUUCAAAGGAAGUAAAUUUACUGAGUUUUAAGCUCAAAACCUUUUUUUUUGGCAAAAUCAUGAUUUGCAUACACAUUGCAAAAGGUCAUGAUGUUACAACUGUUUUUAUAUACCGUUGGGCAAAGUUAAUACACCUUGGCCUAUCAAAGUGUGUAUAAUAUCUUAAUUAUUGUAUGGAAAAUAAUAUUUGUUUCCAUUUAACUCUACAGGAAAAAUUAUGUGCAACGUCACUGGCAUUUGCUUGAGUCCAGAACGUUGCGGAGGUGAUGACAAAUGUGAAAGUACAGCACAAGGAGUUAAAGUAACUGUGGUGUUCAAAGGUGUUAAUUUCAGCCAGAUUAAUGGCUCAGUAGAUAAAUUUACGCAGAAUGUUCUGCAAUCUCUCUGGAAUGUGACAAACAGUAGUUGCAUACGGGAUUUUUCAGCAGAGUCAGGCAGCAUCAAUGUCACUUUCACUAUGACUCCCCAGAAAGGCCAGUCUACUGAUGAUUUAAUGAAGACAAUAGCUAAACUGGAAGCAGCUGUCAAGUCUGGUGACUUCCGUGUGACUCUGCCUUCAGGGAAAGUCAUCACGGCUGAUCCUAACUCAUUCAAAGCUACUAGAAUUACUCCCACUGUCCCGCCGCCAACAACAGUUGCUACCACCACAGAAUCAAGCAGUAAUAAGACUACUAUCAUCAUUGUCUGCAGUGUGAUUGGUGGCCUUUUGCUUAUUGUUAUCAUCAUCCUCGUAGUCUACUGCUGUAUGAAGAAGAAAAAACAGCAAAGAGUCUCACCAAAUUCAUCAAGAGCCAAACUCCAGGAGGAAGUCCCUAUGAAAGACCAUCCAGGUAAUUUUUUUUUCAUUUAUUACAUGUUUUGCAUUUUGAAGGUUUCCUUGCAACGCAAAAGCAGAAGUACAGAUGGCAUCAAUUACCACCAGACAUUUACAAGAGCACAGCCAGGCCUGCAACAUGGAUUUCAGUACUGUGAUAAAAAAUACAGAUAAAGAGAAUGGGAUUUUGCUUUAUCGUGAAUGGUUUUUCCUACCAUUGUCUUUGUGGUUUUGUAAGCUCAUGUUUCCAUGGAAACACCACCCUUUGUUCAGUUCACAUUUCUUUGUCUUUCAUUAGUCCUUCACAAGAAAUUUAACUGUUUAAAUGUGAGACAUGCCAGGGAGAUUUCUUAGACUGCAUGUUUCUUACAUAGAAGAUGAAUGCUAGUGGAACAAAUUUUCCAUUGGCAAACACCCGGAAGGUCUACAGCAGAGAUGCCAACCUCUGGAGAUCUAAAAUCUGGAGACUCUCUUUUAUUCACUCCCCCCCACCACUACCGGAAUUUCAACAUGCCCCCGCCACCCAACAAAUUGACCCGGCCCCUAACGGGAAUGACUUAGGAUAUUAUAUGAAGUCUUACAUGAAGUAUAUACUAUCAAAAGCCACAAUCAUCAUUUUGAUGCCAGAAAUAAUCUUUCUCAGAUGGCUUCCUUACCCAUUUAAUAAAUGUCCAGCCCUGAAUUCCUCUUGCUGUGUAAAUAAAAAGAAUUCUUAAUUUCUGUUUCAGGUUCCAAUAACAACACUGGUCUGGUUGCAUAG